AGCAACAAGCGUAAAUCGGGUACAAACCGAGGCUAUAAAAGAUCGUCGUUCCCGAUUUGUCCGGCUCAGUAAGUUAAGAUCGUUCGAAGGAGCUACAUCGCCAGCUUCGUUCAAACGGAAACACAUUAUUGACAUAGAUUGACGCAAAAGGUCUUCAUCGCGCAAUUCGAUAAACAUUUCUCAAGAUGCGUGAAUGCAUAUCCGUCCAUGUAGGCCAGGCUGGAGUACAAAUUGGAAAUGCUUGCUGGGAAUUGUAUUGCUUGGAACAUGGUAUUCAACCCGACGGACAAAUGCCAUCAGAUAAGAUUCUGGGUGGCGGUGAUGACAGUUUCAAUACCUUCUUCAGCGAAACCGGCGCUGGAAAGCAUGUACCUCGAGCUGUAUUCGUCGAUCUCGAGCCUACUGUCGUGGACGAGGUGCGCACAGGCACGUAUCGACAACUGUUCCAUCCGGAGCAAUUGAUCACCGGCAAAGAGGAUGCCGCCAACAAUUAUGCGCGCGGCCACUACACAAUUGGCAAAGAGAUAGUGGACCUGGUUCUGGAUCGCGUUCGCAAACUGGCAGAUCAAUGUACGGGACUACAGGGUUUUCUGAUCUUCCACUCGUUCGGCGGCGGUACCGGCUCUGGUUUCACGUCCCUGCUGAUGGAACGACUGUCGGUCGACUAUGGUAAAAAAUCGAAGCUCGAGUUUGCUAUUUAUCCGGCACCCCAAGUCUCGACGGCCGUCGUCGAACCGUACAACUCGAUCCUCACAACGCACACCACUCUCGAGCACUCUGACUGCGCAUUUAUGGUGGACAACGAGGCCAUAUACGAUAUUUGCAGACGUAAUUUAGACAUCGAACGACCAACCUACACUAAUUUGAAUCGACUGAUCGGUCAAAUCGUAUCCUCGAUCACGGCCUCGCUGCGCUUCGACGGCGCGCUCAAUGUUGAUUUAACGGAAUUCCAGACGAAUCUGGUACCCUAUCCGAGAAUUCAUUUUCCUCUGGUUACCUAUGCCCCCGUCAUAUCUGCGGAAAAAGCCUAUCACGAACAACUCUCGGUUGCCGAGAUAACAAACGCCUGUUUUGAGCCUGCAAAUCAGAUGGUCAAAUGCGAUCCGCGUCACGGAAAAUAUAUGGCGUGCUGCAUGUUAUACAGAGGCGACGUAGUACCAAAGGACGUUAAUGCAGCGAUUGCGACCAUCAAAACCAAGCGCAGUAUACAAUUCGUCGAUUGGUGCCCCACGGGAUUUAAGGUUGGCAUCAAUUAUCAGCCACCGACCGUAGUUCCCGGAGGGGAUCUCGCCAAGGUCCAGCGCGCCGUAUGUAUGCUCUCUAAUACGACAGCAAUUGCUGAGGCUUGGGCACGGCUCGAUCACAAAUUUGAUCUCAUGUACGCAAAGAGAGCCUUUGUGCAUUGGUACGUCGGUGAAGGGAUGGAGGAGGGCGAAUUCUCGGAAGCGCGAGAGGAUCUCGCCGCCUUGGAGAAGGACUAUGAGGAAGUCGGUAUGGACUCCAUCGAUGGCGAGGGAGAUGCUGCGGAUGAAUAUUAAAGAUUCCUAUUCUCUUAUAUGUUCUUAUCAUGCGCUCUUGCCAAUUAUUAAUUAUUUUCUUAUCACUUUUCUUUUUGCCUAAUAUCCGAAACUCAAAGCAAUCUGCUACGAUAAUUUUAUUUUCUAUUUCUGAUUCAAUUUUUUAGAUAUCUUGUGAUAUAUAUACAAUUUUCAAGGAGAAUAUUUGCUGUGUUAAAAUAUCACUCGAUUGCUUGAAUAAAUAGCGCUAUUAAGAGAUGUAUAUAUAAGCACACAUCUAAAAAUAUUUUCUUAUAUAUUUUGUAAUAUUAUUUAUAUAUUAUAUCAACCAUUACAAUAAUAGAUUGCAUUAAUAUAUA